ACAGACUUGCACGACGAUAAUACUGCCACUAGGCAUCCAGGUUUGACACUUGUUUAUAACAGCCAUGUUUGCUGGCGGGUGCACAGCGUGUAGUCGCCGUGCGCUACGUGUGCGCUACGUGGCGGCGGUUAUUAGAAACAGCUUGGCGACAUCGACCCCACAAUUAUCUGUAUCCAGUUCUAGCCGUUUCUCUUGUGGACCAUCAAGGAUAUCUUUACGCCGAAUAUCUCGCAGUGCACCCCAGAUCUUCGCUUCAUCUCCGUUUCUUGAAGCACAUUCGCCGUUGGGCAGCUUUAACAGUUCUAGUAGUAAGGCACCACUAAAGGUGCUUGCCAGGUCACCCUCCUUGGUUAGAGUUUUGAACCCAGGGAUGUCUCAAAGGCGUGUACAUUCGACAAAGAGCAAGUCGGAAGACGAAAAGCCCACCAAUGGUCAUCGUAAGGAUCACGAGCAUACCGAAAAAGCAGGCCAUUCGCAUUCACACUCACACUCAAUAUUCGGCCAUUCACACUCUCAUGACGACGGCCAUAGCCAUGAUGCAGAAGGUAUAGUAGCAGCAUUGCAGGGUAACGGAGAUAGAGGGAGCCAUAUUACUCUCGUUGGCUUAUUUGCUAAUGUCAUUCUAACGGGGGCGAAAGGUACCGCUGGUUGGUACAUGCAUUCAGCAUCUUUACUAGCAGAUGCCGGUCACUCCUUGAGUGACCUCUUGGGUGACUUUGUCACACUUUUCUGUUGGAAACUAUCACGGAAACCACCCUCAGAGCUUUAUCCAUAUGGUUUCGCCAAAUUCGAAACUCUGGGCACCACAACGGUCUCACUCCUCCUCAUUGGCGGUGCUCUGGGAAUCGGUUUCCAUUCAUAUAACCUUCUAAUUGAGGCAUUAAGCCACGGCGUCAAUACUCUCUCUCCAGGCAUGCUCCACGAUCUUCUGCAACAAGCUACUUCAGCAGCGCAGCAAGUGCCUGUUAUAGGGCACUCACAUAGCCAUGUCGACGUGCUUGAUCCGAAUGCCGCUUGGUUUGCUGCUGUUAGUGUUCUGGCUAAGGAAUGGCUAUACCGAAUCACAAAGAAGGUCGCGGAUGAAGAAAGCAGCCCCGUGUUAUAUGCCAAUGCCGUACAUCAUAGGAGCGAUGCAUAUUCUAGUGUAGUUGCCUUGAUGGCGAUUUUAGGCACAUGGUAUUUCCCAGCUUUGCCCUUAGACCCCAUUGGUGGCAUACUUGUAUCAGUGGUAAUCCUGUGGCAGGGUUUGGGCCUCUUUGGAGGGGCCUUUCGUGAACUUACAGAUGCAGGGAUAUCAUCUCAAUCACACACAGCAUUAAUCCAAACACUAGAACCUCUAGUUUCCCCCUCGUCGCCAAUUCCCUCGACGUCUAAUGGUGACCAUUACGAUAACCCUAGAUUGCUUGCAAUUCGUCAUUUACGCGCCAGGCGCGCAGGGUCUUUGAUCUAUGUAGAUCUCACAGCAGAUGUCCCUGAAACACUCCAUGUGCAUGCAACCUCCGAGUUGGAGGAGAAAAUUACUCGAGCGCUGAAGGAAGCGCGUAAAGAAAUUUCGGAAGUACGGGUGAAAUUCCAUCCUGUACAUGAGGACUAGACUCGGUGAUGUGUUGGUGGUCUCUUUUUUCCGUAUCGUACUCUGUAGUGUACCGCAUCUCACCGUAAGUAAUUUAUUGUGUUCUUGGUUCUGUAUCUGUAGAAUCUUUGCAUGAAUGUCAAUGGUCGUCGGUCGUGAUUUGCU